UAUUCAGUAUUCUUUACAUUACAAGUUUGAUUAGUUUGGUUCCAACCACUCCGGUCAAUACACAGAGAAACAUGGCGAAUACUGCCGCCGGUUGGUCUCCGGUUUUGCCUCCAAUAUAUUCUCCGAUAAGUGCUAACCCAAAGCCAAUCAAUUUUCACAUCUCAGCUUCUUUCUGCAAACCUCCUCGUCCGUCGUACCAGCAUCAAAACCCUAUAUCAGCUCUACACAGGUCGAAAACUACUCGUGUGAUAGAGGUAGUAACACCCAAGCAAAGGAAUCGUUCUGUUUCUGUUUUUGGAUCACUCAGUGAUGAUUCUAAGUUAAACCCAGAUGAAGAAUCAAAGGACUCACAAUUAGCUUCUAUAGAUAUUAAGCUACCGAGAAGAAGUUUGCUUGUGGAAUUUAGUUGUGAUUCAUGUGGAGAAAGAACUAAGCGGCUUAUCAAUCGGCAUGCUUAUGAAAAUGGCCUUGUCUUUGUUCAGUGUGCAGGGUGUCUUCAGCAUCAUAAACUUGUUGAUAAUCUUGGUCUCAUUGUUGAGUAUGAUUUUCGGGAAACCCCCAAGGAUUCGGGUACCGAUCAAGUUUGAUUAGCUACGUUGAAUUUUGAAUCAUGUUUUGUUCUUUUUUUCUCAGAUGUGUUCUUUUAUGUAUGGUAAGAACUAAGAAGUAAGCUAUUUUCCGCAAAGAAUACAAAAGAAUGUAUUAUUUUUGAA